AUGUCUGAAAAGAAUGAACGAUUUUUUGAUUCUAAUUUAUAUCCAAGAAGAAAAAUAGCUCUUUUAUUUUAUUAUUUUGGAUGGAAGUUUGAUGGAUUAGUUGUACAAGAGACAACUGAAAAUACAGUUGAACAACAUAUUGUUACGGCACUGAAAAAAACUAAAUUAAUAGAUGAUGUAAAAGAGGCUGAUAUAUCUAGAUGUGGAAGAACAGAUAAAGGGGUAUCGGCAUUUCAACAGGUUAUUGCAGUUACAGUUCGUUCAAGUGAUGAAAAUGGAAAGUAUGUUUAUUGGAAAGAUGGUUCAAAACCUAUAAAUGGAAAGUCACUAGAUAAAGAAAUGCCAUUUUGUACGAUGUUAAAUCGUUUUUUACCAUCUGAUAUACGUAUUAUGGCAUGGAGUCCGGUAAGAAAAGAUUUUAGUGCAAGACAUAAUUGUUUAAAAAGAGUUUAUCGUUAUUUCUUACCAUGUAUAAAUUUGUCAAUUUCUUCAAUGUCAAAAGCUUGCCAAUUUCUCAAAGGUGAACAUGAUUUUAGAAAUUUUUGUCACAUUGAUAAAAGUAAAGCAUUACGUGGUCUAACACAUGUUAGAAAAAUAUAUGAAGCAGAAAUUCUAGAGCCAGAAUGUAUUGGAAUUAAUAGUUAUGUAUUAAAAAUAUCUGCAAGUGGAUUUUUGUGGCAUCAAAUUAGGUGUAUUGUUUCAUUAUUAUUGGAAAUAGGUCGUGGAAGAGAAAAUCCAGAAUUAAUAUUAGACUUGUUAAAUAUUACUAAAUUUCCUUCGAGACCUGUUUAUAAUCUUGCUUCCGAAAUUCCAUUAUGUUUAUAUGAAAACAAUUAUAGUGACGAAGAUAUUGAAUGGAUUUGGGAAGAAAAAAACAAAAAGGAUACUUUAGUAAAAUUACAAAAAGAAUUUUUAGAAUAUCAAACUAAGGCAAAUAUUAUUAAUGAUAUGCUUAAGGGAUUUGGUGAAUUAUCUGGUCAACUUGUAAAUGAUCCAUCAAAUAAUGGUUUUGAUGAAUUUAUGUUUGGUAGAAACGAAAAAAAGGCAUAUAUUCCAAUAUCAAAAAGGCCACUUUGUAAAGGAAUAGAUGAAAUUAAAGAAGAUCUUGUUAAAAAGAAAUCAAAAAAUAUGUAA